AACUGAGCCUUUACUGUUUCGGCUGCAUCCUUUGUGAAAGAGUUGUCAAAGUUGACCAAAAGGGAGGCGAACUUUUAUACUAACACACAGACGAAAAGUGCUCAGCUGUUCAGUGCGCGCAUGGUACUUUUCACAGAGCACCGCUGGAGGAUUCGCGGCAUUUUUCAUUGAUUUGGAUUAGAUUUUCUUCAGGUCAUGGAAAUACAAAGUGCUAACACGAUGGUGGAUGUCUGUGGCGCCUGAGAAUCAGGAUAGAUCUUGACUCCCAGUGAUCUGCUAUUUUCCACUUUAAUGGUUUUGGAAAUCAGAUUUGGCGCACACCAAGAAGACCCGCUAAUGGCACACGUUCUCUUGUUACCCCUCAACUCGUAAACCUGGCCUACUUCCUCAGUCUCCACACUGUCCUUUUGGAUGACAUCAUGGGCCUCUGUGGUGUAGGAGUAUCAUCGCUGGAUGCCAGCGCUCUGGGCCUGAAGUCUGUGAGGUCAUGGUGUCCUUUCAAGAGAAACGUGAAGCCGUUUUAAUGCAUCUGAUUACAGUUGCCACUGGAGGGCCUUGACUCAACAUGCGGGGGUGGCCCAGACAGGCCCAGGAGCAGCAGCUAAGAUGCCUAUCACCCAAGAAAAUGCCCUGAGCCAUCUCCUCCUGCUGGAGAAUUGGCUUAGGGCUCGAGAAGAGGACAGAGAUGAGGGUGAUGUACUUCGGAUGAGCACAGUUUGCAAGCCUGCCAUCCGUAAACUUGUGGAAUACAUCCAGCUAAACUUUACUGAAGUUGAGAGUCCUUUGUACAGCAUUAACCCACUUAGAGAGGAAAUUGAUGCAGAGGUAAAGGCGGUCUGUCUGAACAAGUCUGAGGAAGAUGGACCAGAGUUUGGACUCAGCUUUGGAAAUAUUCCAAUAUUUGGAGACCCCGAAGGGAAGAAGAAGGGGGUCAGGAGGAGGCGCAGGAAGGGUGAUAAAGGCCCUGUGUUGGAUGUUGGGUGUAUUUGGGUGACUGAAGUGAAAAAGAACAGUCCAGCGGCCCGUUGUGGAGAUAUUAAGCUGCGGGAUGAGCUGCUGUCACUGAACGGACAGCUGAUGGUUGGGGUUGACGUCACCGGAGCCAGUUACUUGGCGGACCAGUGCUGGAAUGGAGGCUGCAUCUACCUGAUCAUGUUGCGCAGAAUCAAACGCAAGGCUCCUCUCCCUCCAUGCAAUGGCAGCAACGGGGGCAACUUUGUGGAUGUUUCUAAUGACCACAGGCGAAGCGUCUCCUCUGAAACAGCGGGAAGCCCCACACACAAUGGACAGAAUGGGAAGCGGACACGGAAAUUUGGUGUCAUCUCCCGCUCGUCGUUCACUCGCGACAGCAAAGACAGUAAAGAUAGCCGAGAAUGUGAGCAUGAGAAUGGCUACAGCUCCAUGGAGGCGGAGGUGACGUCCCCAGAGAGCAGCAGCCCUCAGGACACCCCGACAGAUGACAGUCCAAUCACAGGCCCCUCUGAGCUGAUGAUGUCUAAUCACAUGAGGGUGGGCAGCACAGCAACCCUACCCUGCCGAUCCCGCUCACGCAUGUCAGAAAACUUCAAAACUGAGUCCAUCAGCAGCGAACCCUCCGGUCAGCCCCGCGAGGGUGGCCGGAUCUGGAAGAUGCACAUGGUGAAGGGUCAGGAUGGCCUGGGCAUCCAGAUCACAGGAGGCCGAGGGUCCAAACGCUCGCCUCACGGCAUCAUCGUGGCCCAUGUGGAGGAGGGAGGAGCCACACAGAGAGAUGGCCGUCUGAAGGCAGGCGAUGAGUUACUGAUGAUAAACGGUCACUCUCUGGUUGGCCUUUCACACCAGGAGGCUGUGGCCAUACUGCGCUCCACUGCUGGACUGGUGCAGCUGGUGGUGGCCAGCAGGGAUGAGUCCGAAGUUGACUUCCACAAGUACCCGUCCACCAGCUUGCCCGACCUAGUGAGCACGUGCUCGGGUCCGGACGCCUCUCCGUCCCCCGGGGAGGAGAAGGAGAACAUGGAGCCGGACAUGGAGGACGUGAGGGCCAGCAGUCUUUCACUGCCCACUCAGGACUUGUUUACAGAUCAUGACAGACUGGACGAACGUGGCCGGAUUGAGGGUCCCAAAGGAUGUUGCCGAAGCCCCACACCAAUGAAGUUCCGCAGCAGAUCCCAAGGUGGAGGAAGCCGUCUGGAGUCAGUUGGUGAAGACGAUGAGCUCAUAGUGGAAAACGGUGAUACAGGAAGUGAUGUAGCUGAAAAGCCGACGCGAGGAGGACGCAAACAUUCCCUCCCACAGCAGCUGGAUACAGUUGGAAUCCGACAGGAAUAUCAAAUCGUGAAGAAAUCGGCUCGUUCCCUGAGCACUGUUCAAGUGGAGUCUCCAUGGCGACUGGCCCAGCCAUCCAUAAUCUCCAACAUUGUACUGAUGAAAGGACAAGGAAAGGGUCUCGGCUUCAGUAUUGUCGGUGGACAGGAUUCAGCCAGGGGAAGAAUGGGUAUAUUUGUCAAAACCAUUUUCCCCAAUGGAGCAGCUGCAGCAGACGGGAGACUGAAAGAAGGAGAUGAGAUAUUAGAGGUGAAUGGAGAGUCUCUCCAAGGCCUCACUCACCAGCAGGCCAUUCAGACCUUUAAGCAACUUAAGAAAGGUGUAGUUACUCUAACAGUACGGACCCGCCUGAGAAGUCCCAGUCUUACACCAUGUCCCACACCCACCCUGCUCAGCAGAUCCAGUUCUCCAAACUCUAAUGCCAGUGGUGGGACUCCAGUUCCUCAAAGCUUUGAUGAGGGGGACUCUCGUAAAGGGCCUGGUCCCAAAGAUCGCAUUAUCAUGGAGGUUACAUUGAACAAAGAGCCAGGCGUGGGACUAGGCAUUGGUGCCUGCUGUCUAACACUGGAAAACAGUGCUCCUGGGAUCUACAUCCACAGUUUGGCUCCAGGUUCUGUUGCUAAAAUGGACGGCAGACUCAGCCGAGGAGACCAGCUUCUAGAAGUGGAUUCUGUGAGCCUGAGACACGCGGCAUUAAGUGAAGCCUAUGCCAUCCUGAGUGAAUGUGGACCAGGCCCGGUCAGCCUUAUCAUCAGCCGCCAUCCAAACCCUAAAGUGUCUGAACAGGAGAUGGAUGAAGUGAUCACUCGUUCCACACAUCGAGAUAGUCAUUCUUCUCACACACUCGGCCUGCCGUCCAAGAGUCCAUCUCCCACAGUCAAAGUCAAGCAGGGCGAGGGUAAUCCUGCUCUCAGCUGGACCAUGAAGCGAUUCCUAGAGCCAGCCAGCAGGCAAGGCUCAUUGAGUUCAGAGGCAGAGCUCUCUCAGUAUUUCACGGUUCACGAUGUACCCAGCCAGUCUUCCCUCUCGGAGACCAUGGCAAUGGGGUCCAGUGAUGACGACAUGCUGCACAGUAGCAGGAGCUGCAAUACGUCCAUGGAGGAAUCAGCAGCACCUCAGCCGCAUGUCUACCGUGAUGGUUCCUAUAGAGGUUCAGGCAGUAGUCCCACAACCCCUGAAUGUUGUAAAGCCUCAGGUGGCACUGGUCGUACUGCAGAAACAGCCCAGCAGGCCAGUGUGGGAAGCAGUCCGAGCUCUGUUCGCAGCCCACUUCUUCGCCAGCGGCGGGUUAUCUGCUAUGAGGACGAGCCCAGCGGUGACGAGACCGGACUUGAAGACGACAACGGCCCCUUCCGUCGCCUUCUCCGUGGGGUCUCAGACGGCCACCAGCACCAAGAGGAGGAUUCUGGUAUUGUUAUAGCCACAUCAUCUCUAGAGGUGGACGAUGAAAGCCAGGACGGCAGUGAGAGCCACAGACAGAUCAGCAGUGAGCCGACUACUCCUUUCUAUGGCAGCUCCAUUGAAUCUGAGGAAGGAACUACCGGUCUGUCAUCUGCCGAAUCUCCCUUCAUGCCCAUUCACUGUGUCGAAGCCACAAACCUGGGGGUGAAAAAAGAGCCCCAUCGAGAAGGGCAGGAGGUGAAACGCUCACCCAAGCUGGAGCACAAAGCUGUGACUCGUGUCAAGAGCAUGAUGAGCAUUGAGUGUCCAAACCCUCCACAAAGAACCAAGGGGGAAGAUCCAGCUUUAUUCCCAGCAAACCCUGCUCAGGUUACACAAAACUGCACACGGCCACCCUGCAGAAUGAUGCACUGCAAGAAAGGGGAAUCUAGUGAGCUUGCAGGGGUCUGUACCAUUGAGACAAUAGUGCUCCAGCGCGGUGAGACAGAGUCUUUUGGUCUGGAUCUGGAGAUUAAGUCUGCUCCGCUUAAAGUGUUGGUCACUGGACUGAGACCAGGAGGUGUAGCUGAAAGGGAAGCCUCAGGGAAGAUGAGCAUUGGCGACGAGAUUGUAACAAUUGGUGACACCCCCGUGUGCACAUCCUCCUAUCAGGAGAUCUGUGACCUCAUGCACAACCUGCCAAUCACAUUGACCUUAGAGAUUAAGAAACCUGUCUCAGCUGUAGAUCGACUUUCUAGCCUGAUUAUGUCCUCUGGCUGUGAAAGCUCAUCUAAACUGGAGGCAUCUAGACCUUCACCAGAAGAAAGGAAUCAUACGGACACAACUCAAAUCCCUUCAUCAGAACAUGCAAACGCGAAACAGGCAGUAACAACACACAGCAUGCCUGUCACUAAUAUUGAUGAUGUCGUAAGUGAACUGAACUCAGCAGAAAGCGAAGUGAAAGACCAAAGUGCAGAACAGUACAGUAAAAAAGAUGACCGAGGAACUGGAGCCCCAUCACAACCAAACCCUCUGGAUUUUUCUGCAUUAGAUAUGGGAAACGGUACUUGCCAUUUUCCUCUAGGAAAGACCUUUUUAAAUAGUUACUCAAGGAACUUUAGUAAUCUGGGAGAGAGCAUUGUCCCAUUACAGAAAGGAGAUGGACAUAAACCUAGUAUGUACAGUAUGGUGGAUAGUGACUCUGAGAGUGACUCCACAGACAGCGCUGUAAAAAUAGAAAAGUCUCAAGGUCAUAGUGAGGGUCCUCGUGACACUGACACAGAUGAAGAAGAAGUUGAGCUUUGCUUCAGCACUGUCAGUCAGUCUGCAUUCAGCCAAUCAGAGGGAAGUUCUCUGCCAGAUGGAAAUGGCUGUGCCACUAGGCAAUCUGUUGAUCAGCCAGGAGCAAAAUUAUUGACUAGUACAGAUCUCCACAAGCCUUCAUCAGUCUCAGCACAAGACAGAGAUCCACAAGAUCCCCUUUGUCAUGAAGUUUCAGGCAAAGAUCUUUUAAAUGGGAAAAUUGGACAUGCUCCCACACAGCAGGAGGCGGUGUGUGUGUCUAAAAUAACACAGCCAAACUGCAGCGAUGAUGAAAAAUGUGAAACUAUGUCAAAAUCUUUUCAAACCUGUCAAACACCAACAGAUACCCCUGUUACUCAAAACAACUGCCACGUCACACCAAGAAGUCAAGACAGGACAGCUAGGCUGCUCUCUGAAGCAUCUCGAUCUGCAGAAAAACUCAACACUGGGCAAGCGCCACUGAAAUUGACUGUGUCAGAGCCCAAUGCAUCACAUUAUGCCAAUGGCAAAAGUAGUGGGCAGGCCUCUCUUGCACUUGCUUCAAAAGAGAAAGAAAAAGUUCUUUCCACGCUGGACUUGAAAUCCACGUUUUCUCAGAACCAGAGUAAAUCUGCUACAUCUGUGAGAUCUUUGGGAACUAAAUCAUCUAAUGACUCCCCUGUCUCACCCCUGCUGAGAGGUAGACUCAAAGUGGAUGAUAAAAAGUCAAACACAUCCUCUAAACUCAAGGGUCUAAGUAUUAAAAGUAAAUGCAAGGACCAAGAACAGCCAGUGUCUAGAUCGCCCAGGGCAGAGAGUCCAGUACAGAGAAAAUCUCUCGUCUCCCCAAGUCAGUCACCUAAACUCCACUCCAAAAGAACCACACCAACUGGUAGCCCUAAAUCCACCAGAUCUUCUGAGAAAAGCAGGGUUUCUUGUUGUAAAACUGACCAAAAUCAAUUAACAGUCUCCACUAAUUCUAAGGUAAAUCCCAUCAACACUGCCAAAGAAGAACUCAAACCGUUAAAGAAAGAGGAUGCACUGGAUCUGAAGCAGCAGGUUUCAAAACCAGAAGUCACUGUUGGCAACACUCAAAGAACUUUCAUUGAAGUACGACUUUCAUCGUCUUCGUCAUCUACACCUGUGCUGGCUCGCAAGGAAGUGGUGAAUGCAAGUCAUUUAAGCUUAGCUUCACUGUCAGUUGAUUCUAUCAAGUGGAAGGAAUCAAAUUCAGACUUCUCUUUAGGAAGUCACACAAUCCCAUUAGAAUCAGUCAACUCUUCAUCUAGUUCUGCCCAGCAGAAUGGUGAUAAUAAGGCAAAUGAAACAGCUGAAAAGGUGUUUUGCAAUGGCCAGGAGGAAAGUCUCCUUAGGAACUCAACUAAUAAAGAUGCUGCUUCUAAUCUCAAAACAAGCAAAUCCAAGCUGUAUUUAAGAGGACUAGACCGCCGAAGCUGCUCUACAGAUGCUGGUGGAUCUCUAGACACAAACCCUUUCUCAGUUCGUCAAAGAAUUCAGUCUUUUGAGAGCCUGGCCAGUUUUGAUCGAUCUGUUAUAAAGUGUAUAGACAUACCCUUUUAUGCUGUUAACUCUAAGCCAACUUUAAAUCGCAGACUGUCGGGGUAUGCUGGAUCUGUUAGCAGUCAGUCUAUAGACAGCCGUUCGUUGAGGAGGAGUUUCAGCUCUUGUGUGGACAAUUUGAGCUCAACUCCAUCUCUACAGAAUUGGUCCACCAGUUCAACUGCCACCAACUGUGAAUCAACUCCAUCAAACCAAACCACAGAGACUGUUAUGAAGGAGAUGAAAAAUGAGACCUCUCAGAACCAGCCCACUGUACACACACCUCCAGUGCUGCGCUCCCGCAAUGCCCGCGCCCAUGGGGGUCUGUCACGCUCCAAAUUAAGAGAGAUAAAAGCGCUGAGCAUGCCUGAACUGGACAAGCUAUGUACUGAGGAUUUUACCAGUGACCCUGGAAAUGUGAUCUUUAAGACAGAGUUGGAAAUUAACCCUCGCAGGUCCAUAGACCCAUCUUCACAGUGCACUGUGGUGACCAGGGUGAGCAGUGUAGAUCUCGGGGCGCUUGGAUCAACCAGCAAUGGGGAACACCAUGAAAUCCAGGACACAGGGCUCUCAUGCUGGUCUAUAAGUUUGAAAGACCUUGAAUUUUCUCCUUUGGACCAAAACAAAGUUAAUGAUGUUCUGUGUUCCCUCCCAACCAAAGUGGAUGUGACAAGUCUCAUACAGGAAGCAAACGCUACUUCUGAGGUUAAAGAUGACGUUUACUUUGUGAUCUUAACCAAAGAGCAGGGAGCUGGACUGGGUUUCAGCAUUGCUGGAGGAGUAGAUCUGGAGCAGAAAUCUAUUACUGUCCAUCGUGUAUUUACUCGAGGGGUAGCAGGAGUGGAAGGCACCAUUCACAGGGGUGACAGGAUUUUGUCAAUAAACGGGACCAGCCUGAGUGGGAUCACACACGGAGAGGCGCUGUCCUGCCUUCAUCAGACCAGACUGCCUAAACAGGCAUUAGUGAUCAUCCAAAAAGACAAGAACGCUGAACCAACAUCACCUAGACAAGAGCUUUCCCUUCAGACUGCGGUCUGCACUUCUCCAGGUCCUAGAGAAAACAUCAGGGGGCAUAAAACAAGUGUGGAAGUGGGGCCAGACGGGGCUUUGAGUGUGGAGUUACAGAAGACUACAGCUGGCCUGGGGUUCAGUCUAGAUGGAGGCAAAGCAUCUGCUCAUGGAGAUCGACCUCUCUACAUCAAACGCAUUUUCCGUGGAGGAGCAGCUGAACAGUCCCGGGUCAUUGAUGUCGGAGAUGAGCUACUAGCCAUCAAUGGCAGGUCUUUGCAGGGUCUUAUGCACUAUGAUGCCUGGAACAUCAUCAAAAGCGUCUCUGAGGGUCCGGUUCAGUUAGUGAUCAGAAAACCCAGGACUUCAGUAUGAUGUCUGCCUGCACGCCUUGCACGUUUGUAGGAUGCCAAGCUGUGGUGGACUCUUGUUGUACAAAGAAUUUGCAUUGCUUUUAUGUGUUUGUUACAGGAUCUCUAUGAUGAAGAAUUUGUUGCACAUUGAUUUUUAUACAAACCGAGGCUUCUGCAGAUUUUUGGACUCAAAUAUGCAAGCUUAAGGUAUUUUGUAAUAUAUCUUUCAACUUUAUAUCUCACUAAUGACUUUUUUUAAAUGUAAAGCCUGAUGGUAAGAAUUAGGAGCUGUCUGUCAAAAACUUCAUCCCUUGUACAAUAUAAUUUAAUUUGGAUAUUGUGUAAAUUGAUUUAUAUGUACGGAUAUAAUUAUACGGUGAUCAUGCAAACCACUAAAGAGUGAGUUCACUCUGCCUGAUCUGAUACAUAGAUAUUCCGCGAGGCUUAUGACAUUUUAAUGGAUGUGUGAAAACUAUUUUCGUUUUCAUAGUAAUAUACCAGUAUUUUUGUUGUUCUGCUUGAGGGAUUGUACUGAUUUAUUAUAUUGAUUUAAAGGUGAAGUGUGUCAUUAGUGUGGCACCAUAGAUAUAAACACUAGAUAUCACAUACAGACCCUGAGCAUGCGUCAAUACCACCGCCACAUUUGUACAGUGCUCCCAGGACAAAUGUCAUUCAACUGCAUUAGUCAAGACUAAAGCCACGGGUGUAGUAACAAGAAAACAACAUUUCAUAGGUAAGAUUUCAUUUUUCACGAUUUUGUACGUUAUAAACUUUUGUGCUAAACAAGUAACAUUAUUGAUGAUAAUACAGUCACUUACUGCAUUCACCAUAAAGCAAAGUAACACUAACUUGCAUUAAAUUGUAGGUUAUUGCUAUAGAUUGUUGAAUAAAAUCAGCAAACAAUGUAAAUGAAAUCUGACAACAAGACUCUGCGGUGCUAGAAACUUCUAUUAUUUUCGGCUAAGUUAGUGUUUCUCAACCACGUUCCUGGAGGACCACCUGCUCCGCACAUUUUCCAUGUCUCCUUAGCCAAACACAGCUGAUUCAGAUCAUCAGCUCAUUAGCAGAGACUGAAAGACAUGUAAUAGGUGUGACAGACAAAGGAGGCAUCCAAAACAUGCAGUGUUGGUGGUCCUUCAGGAACGUGGUUGAGAAACACUGGGCUAAGUGAUGUAAUGGCUUGUUUAUGUAGUAACAUAUAAGGGUGCCUGAUAACAUAACAGCGCCUACGUCUCAAUGUGCAAUGUGAAUAUUACCAAUGUCAUACCAUUUAGAUCAGAAAGGUGGAUAUGCACAUUAAGACGCAGGAAAUCGAUGGUUCAUUUGAGUCGAUAAUAACAGAUAUUCAGUCACAAACAAAUCGCUCCAUCUGUUAGAAUAAGAAGUGAAAGCAGGAGAGGGGGCACGGAUGUUUCAGGACAUGGAUUAGAUCAAAUUUAAUAGGGAGGGAGGAUAAUACGUUUCCAUGCACACAAACACAUACUCUUUGUCGGCAAUGCCCUUGCAAUUAAAAAAUAAAUAAAUAACAUACUGACCACCAGGAAAACUCCUGAUCAUAGAUACAGAUGGCCAGUCCUCCACUGCACCUUGGUUCCACAUUCAUUUCAAAUCCAGUAAACCACAACAGUGUAGGCAACAUCUAAUGUAAAUAUCUAUUGUGUGGCACUAGCAAGAGAUUUGCUAACAUUCAGAACAAAUUUCCUGUUAUUUGUCAAAAUAAACAAGAAAUUCUACAACAAACUCAAGCCAUUGGUUGAAGCACAAGUUAAAAAGCAUUGUUUACCCUUACUUCACCUUUAAAUACUUGAAUUCAGUUCAAUUAUUAUUAUUUACAAGACAAUAAUUCAAUGAAAAGAUCAUCGUCGCCUUAUCAUACUUCAAAUAUUAUUUUUUAAAUUCAUGACAUUUCAGGUCUUUCGCUUAUGUUUGACUUUGAUCAGAUAUUUUGAGCUGUGAAUAUUUUCAUAUAUGUUCUCUUUUAAAAGUAUUGUCUGCCUGGUAACAUGUAUCCGUGCUGUUGUUAUAUUUUACUUGAAUUGUCUAUGUAAAUAUUGAGGUUCCCACUGAUAUUAUUGUAAUUUAAUUUUGCUGGUGUUAAGCACAAGUGUAUUAACUUUUGUGCAUAUGUAAAAAACAUUUAUGGAUAUUUCUGUUGUCCGUCAGCCCUUGUGAAUAAAGACAUCAGAUGUUUUGUAAAUGC